AUGCCGCCAAGCAAGACGAAGACGAUCAAGAACAAGCACGCCCAGAGGGGUUCCGGUAUCAAAAAUUCCAAGGAAGCCUCCAGGAGCGGCCCUCCCGAUGGCAUCGUUAGGAAAUCGAAGGACACCCCGAAGGGGACGAAGCCGCUGAAGGGUAGCAAGAAGUCUGGCCUCGAGGCCCUCUUGAAGAAGCGCAAGAAGAAGGUCUACACGGAGAAGGAGCUCGACAUUCCCAAGCUCAACACGAUCGUCCCCGCGGGCGUGCAGAAGCCGAAGGGCAAGAAGAAGGGCAAGGUCUUCGUCGAUGACAGGGAGAGCAUGAACACCAUCCUCGCCAUGGUUCAGGCCGAGAAGGAGGGUCAGAUCGAGUCCAAGAUGAUGAAGGCGAGACAGAUGGAGGAGAUCCGCGAAGCCCGCAGGGUAGAGGCCGAGAAGAAGGAGGCGGAAAAGAAGUCGAAGCUGGAGGACACCAAGGAGUCCCUGCGCAAGAAGCGCAAGCGCAAUGCCAACACCGAGAACGACAACAACAUCAACGACAUCGCCGUCGCCGGGUCCAAGGCCAUCAAGCCCAAGAAGAAGAAGAGCGUGUCGUUCGCGUAA